AUUUGCAAUCACCCGAUACCCUUAUCACACUAACUACCACUAUUAAAAAAAUUAAAAAAAUUUAUAUAAAUACUUAUCAAACUAGCCUCGUGUUCUAGUGAGUGCAAGAUGUUGCGUCCAACUUUAAUAAUUUUUGUGACUGUUCUAGUCCUCAGUUCUGGAGUAGAACUUCCAGUAAAACUUCCAGUUAUCUCACACCAAGGGCUGAUCCCAGUCAGCGGUCUCCUUGGAGGCUUGGCCAAAAUUUUGGGCAAUGUUAUCGAAGCUCUGAAUGCAAUUAUUGCCUACCUUAGCAUUGGCAUAUCUGGGAUUAUAGCAACAGUUUUUGGUCUCAUUGGUGAAAUUCUGCAAGACUUGCUGGAGACCAUCAUUGCCACCAUCUCCAACAUUGUGGGAGGUGUCUUGGGCAGUAUUCCCCUCAUUGGUGGACUUUUCUCCAGUCUGGACGACAAAAGCCAGGAAUGUAUUGCUUCAGUCAAAACCGACGUUUUCCUAGUGAACGCAGGCUCAGCCUCACAAUGCGUUACCGAAGCUCUGGACCAAAUUGUCGACAAAUUACAAGACGUUUUAAAGCAAGUUCGUGAUGUCCUCAACUCCGUCACACUUCUCCUCAAUGGUCUCAUAGGAGAACCAAUCACAGCCGCCGUUUCUGGCCUCCUUGACGGAAUUAUCGAACAAGUCAAGAUGAUUAUUGAGGCCAUUGUUGAUUUGGUGAUAUUUAUCGUAAAUAUGCUGAUGGAGGAUGGAAAUGCCAUAUUCUGUCUUUUGAAAGUUGUUCUGAAACUUGUGGGGCAACUAGUUUCUGAGAUUUUUGGUUAUGUGGGUUGUCUUUUGGGUUAAAUAAAGAUUUUACAAUGUUUUA